UUGGUUCUGCCUUGGUACUGGGAAAACAUGCUUGCGAAGCUCGACGCCAAAUGCUUCCACGUCCUCGGUGCUCCGACGACGCCUCCGGACGUGACGAUCUCGGUCGCCGCCCCUCAGGGCAAGGCGAAACCGGUCGAGCGGCAAAGGGAGUGCAGGGUUCCCGGAAAACCCACGGCGACGAAGAGCUUCGGCUGGGUUUGGGAGCAGAAACGCGACGGGGGAAGUCCGGUUCUUGGUGAAUUCGGAGCGGAGAAGCAGGGUUUGAGGAAGAAUGCGAAAUGGGUACGGAGGAGGAAUGGCGGGAGUGAUGAUGGAGCUGUGAAUGGAAGAGAGGUCGGGGUCGAAGGUAGUCCGGGUGGUGGGAGCUUUGUGGUGAGGAAUGUGCAGACCAAGUGUUCGACGAAAUGGGCGGCUUAUGGUGGAUGCUUACCCGCGAUUCUGCGAGCUCUAGAUGCUAUUGAGGACUUGGAUGAGGCUUUCGGGCCGUGGGAAGAGCGGCUCAGCAAUAAAGAGAGGACCAUAAUUUUGAAGGAGCAAACUCGAUGGGAGAGAGCUAUGGAGAUAUUUGGAUGGUUCAAGAAGAAGGGUUGUUUUGAACUGAAUGUGAUUCAUUAUAACAUCAUCCUCAGGAUUCUGGGGAAGGCACUUCAGUGGCGGCAUUUGGAGCGUUUGUGGGAUGAGAUGAAUGAGAAAGGGAUCGUCCCGAUCAACUCGACAUAUGGUACGCUUAUUGAUGUUUACAGCAAAGGUGGGCGGAGAGAAGUGGCACUUGUUUGGCUUGGAAAAAUGAGCAAGCAAGGGAUUGAACCUGACGAGGUGACAAUGGGGAUUGUCGUCCAAAUGUACAAGAAGGGUGGAGAGUUUCACAAGGCUGAGGACUUCUUCAGGAGAUGGUCUUUAGGUGAAUCUUUAAAGGUGAGAGUUGAUAGGACAAGGAGAGAAGGGAAAGUUCCAUUGUCUUCUCAAGAGAAUGUUUGCUUAAGCUCUCACACAUAUAACACGUUGAUUGAUACUUAUGGUAAAGCUGGGCAACUUCAAGAAGCAUCUGCAACAUUCUUGCAGAUGCUUAAAGAAGGGAUAACACCUACCACAGUUACUUUUAACACAAUGAUCCACAUUAAUGGUAACAAUGGCCAGUUAAAAGAAGUAGAUACACUGAUGCAGAAGAUGGAGGAGCUCGGUUGUGCACCAGAUACAAGAACUUACAAUAUACUGAUUUCAAUUUAUACUAAGCACGACAAUGUUAGAGUGGCUGGAGGUUACUUUAGAAAGAUGAAAGACGCCUGCCUUAAACCAGACCUGGUGAGUUAUCGCACUCUUCUGUAUGCAUAUUCCAUAAGGCAAAUGGUUCAUGAAGCUGAAGAACUUGUAUGUGAAAUGGAUGAAAGGGAUAUGGUGAUUGAUGAAUACACACAAUCAGCACUUCUUCGGAUGUACAUAGAAGCUAGGAUGCUCGAAAAAUCACGGUUAUGGUUCAGGCGAUUCCAUCUUGAAGGGAAUAUGAGUUCCGAGUGUUAUUCAGCCAAUAUCGAUGCAUAUGGGGAGCGUGGUUAUAUUUCUGAAGCUGAGAGAGUUUUCCUAUGCUGCCAAGAGCAGAGGCGGCAGACAGUUCUUGAGUACAAUGUGAUGAUUAAAGCUUAUGGGAUAGCAAAUAAUUAUGAUAAAGCAUGUCAAAUUUUUUAUAGCAUGGAAGGCCAGGGGAUAUCUCCCGACAAAUGUAGCUACAGUUCCAUUAUACAAAUCUUAGCUGCUGCUGAUUUUCCAUACAGAGGAUUACCCUAUUUGAGGAAGAUGCAGGAUAUGGGUUUAGUACAGGAUUGCAUCCCCUAUUGUGCUUUGAUCUCAAGUUUUGUGAAGGUAGGGCAGUUAGAAAUGGCAGAGGGACUUUACAGGGAGAUGAUUCAGUGUAAUAUACUACCUGAUGUUGUUGUGUAUGGUGUCCUAAUAAACGCUUGUGCUGAUGCCGGAAGUGUUCAGGAAGCUCGUGGUUAUGUCAAUGCUAUGAAAGAAUCUGGCUUGACAGGAAAUAAUGUAAUAUACAACUCCCUGAUCAAACUCUAUACCAAAGUUGGUUUAUUGAGAGAAGCGGAAGAAACAUACAGAAUGCUUCAGUUGUCAGAGGUAGGUCCUGAUUUUUUCUCGUCGAAUUGUAUGAUUGAUCUGUACAGUGAGAGAUCUAUGGUUGAACAAGCCGAACAGAUCUUUGACAGAAUGAAGCACAGGGGGGAUGCCAAUGAGUUUACAUAUGCAAUGAUGUUAUGCAUGUACAAGAGAAUAGGAAGAUUAGAUAAGGCCUUACAAAUUGCAAAUCAGAUGAGAGAAUCAGGACUCCUAACAGAUCAGUUAAGUUAUAACAAUGUGCUUGGACUGUACGUGCUAGAUGGAAGGGUUAAGGACAUGGUUGGAACCUUCAGGGAAAUGAUGGAAGCUGCAAUUCAGCCUGAUGAUUCUACAUUUAGAUCACUUAGACACGUUCUAAUGAAAUAUGGAGUUUCAAAGCACGCUGUUGGCAAACUGGAAGUGUUGGCAAAGAAGGAUGCUCAACAGGGGUUACGAGCAUGGAUGUCAGCUGUAUCAGCUGUGGUAGACAGCAACUACGACGUCUGAUGUGCAGAAGUCUUUGUAAAUUUUAGUAACCAAGAUUGUGCAUAGGUCUCACUUCUAUUAUGAUUUUACCCAUGUGAUGUCACAGCUUUGGGUUUGACUUUGAGCAAAAUCAAUGUGCAAAUUUGGAGAUGACUGGUUGCAGAGGCAGAGGUGACUUAAUGUUCCACAUAAGACAACCAAUCUACAGAUCGCAACCUCAUAAUGGAAAAGCCGAUAGCCAGAACAAUAUGUUGAAAUCCUUAUGCAGCAUGGGAGAGAUCUUUGCAAGUACAUCCACCUGAAAGAUAAAGGGGUAAACGGUAGCCAGAGGAAUCUAUCUCAAGAGGUACGAGUACUGAAAGGUUUUUGGGCUGUAAGUAGUAGUUGUAUCUUCUCCAUGGUUCAUUUUCUCUCUGUGAAAUUACUAUAUAAGUUCGAUAAGUUGUAUAUCUGCAUGAAUUUCCUUUCUUAUGUGUUAUUUUUCACAUCUGAGCAGAAACUCUCCCUUCUGCCACUCUUGCAUUGACAUAGGAACCCUCGGCAGUACAGAAAUAUGUGGUCGAGUUUCCGGAGAACUCCUUGUAGGUGGUGAAUGGUGAUAUUGGCUUGUUUUACUGGAAAAAUCAAGCCAUUCCGUCGAACGACAUAGUUUGAAGAAUAUCAGGCUCUUUUAAGUUUUCGGGUUAGCCAUGACAGAGUAUUGGACUUAUGGGAUAUAAUAAGAACUUAGGGUAGCGCUAUUUUAUGUGGGAGGCACUCUGGUGGUGCCAUCACUGCCAUAUUGAUGGCACUUCACUCACAGUCCGAAAGAUAAUGGUAGACGAAUGUCAUCUUGGUUUAUCUGGAAGAAUUGGUGUUGUGCUGUAAAUAUACCGUUGUCGUCCUACUCGACUGCAAUCUGCUUGAUCAA